UUCGCAUCUCCUGUUCCUCGUUUGUUUUGAUUUCAGUUAUCACACCGGCACCACAACAUCGUCUUGUGUAAAAGUUUCAUUAUCUUAAAGAGCACAUAGCUUAAAACACAAUAAUCUCAAACAACAGCGCUGCUACAAAAGUCAAACAUGGGCAAGAAGGACAAGAAAAAGAAAAAAGGCUUCGGAAUUGAGAAAACAAAUGCAAAAACUGACAAAAAGUUGCAAGCAAAACAAAAGAAACUUUUACAGAAACUCGGCGAGGAUGACAUCGAGAACAUGGUCCAGUCCCUCCAAGCCCAAACCCAAUCAGAAUAUUCAGAAUCAGUUUGUGCACCACCAUCACCACGGUCAAAUCUUGCAGUCGCAUCUUUAGAUGACAUGAUUUACUUCCAUGGUGGUGAAUUCUUUAACGGAGCCAAAGUUGAAUGCUUUGGUGACUUAUUCAGCUACAACACAAACAAAAAUGAAUGGAGAGUCAUCAAGUGCUCGCCAUGUCCAACACCACGCAGUGGUCAUCAAAUGAUCAGCACAGCUGCAAAUGGUGGUGAAUUGUGGAUUUUUGGAGGUGAAUUUGCAUCUCCAUCUGGACUGCAGUUCUAUCACUAUCGAGAUUUAUGGAAGUUCUCAAUUGCUGGUAAAAAGUGGGAGCAUGUCAAGGUACCAAAUGGACCAUCAGCUAGAAGUGGACACAGAAUGAUUUUACAUAAAAAGAGAAUUAUUUUAUUUGGUGGAUUUCAUGAUAAUAAUCAGAGCUUUUUGUACUUUAAUGAUGUUUGGAUGUUCUCAAUGGAUAAAUAUGCAUGGACGAAGGUUGACACUGAUGGAAUUGCACCGACACCGAGGUCUGGUGUUGGACUUGGUGUUGUCAGUGAUGAUAAAAUUGUCGUUUUUGGAGGAUAUACUAAGUCAAGUGCUAAAGCUGGAAGUGAGCGAGGUCAGACCCAUGCAGACACCUUCAUCCUGCAAGAAACACCCGGCAAAUGGAAGUGGAGCUCAACUAAACCAGGUGGAAGAAGACCAACUCCCAGAAGUGGUGUAUCAUGUGUAACAGCUCCAAAUGGAAAGAUCUACAUUUUUGGUGGCGUUAUGGACACAGAAGAAGACGACGAGAACCUUCGAGGACUCUUCACUAAUGAAAUCCACUUCCUAGACAUUCAAGGAGGUGGCAUGGCAUGGAGAAAAGUCGAUCUCAAGAAAAAGAAGGAAGUAGAGACAGAAAUGUCAGACGAACCAGCUGCAGCACCAUCACAGAAUGUCAAAACAACAACAGACGGUAUCUUUACAGUCACAGUCGCAGGACCCAAACAAGAAUCAUCCACAAGUGCCAAUACCUCCCAAUUAGAUGUCGGUGGACCAUCUCCAAGAAUGAAUGCAGCUAUUGCAGUCGUUCGACAUAAUUUAUGGAUAUUCGGUGGAAGUUAUGAGCAAGGAAGUCGGCAGUACACAUUAUGUGACUUUUAUUCAUUAGACGUGAAUAAAUGUGAUGCAUGGAGGACACAUAUUGGUAAUUUGCCGUCGCUGCAGUGGCUUGGAAGUGACAGUGAGGAUUCAUCAGAUAGCGAUAAGAGUGAUGACGAUGAUGACGAUGAUGACAGCGAUGAUAGUGAGGAUGAGUCGGAUAUGGAUACGGAAUGAGGGGAGAUGAAGGAGAUUCAAGGGGGUCGGAUGCUUGAUAUAAUAUUGGAUGAUGGAUUAGGUGUAUGCAGGUGAAGUUUAGAGUACUCCAGAAUAUGAACCAGGAUAAAUAUGAUAUCAUAUCCUUGAAGGUACACUAGAUGCAGUUCAUCUUUUACCGUAUAUAAACCAACCGACCUCUUUUGUUUAAAAAUUUUAUUUCUUAGAUUAAGUUCAAUUUUAGGGAAUGCUUAUUUCCUAUAAGUUAAGCUUUGUAUGCCUGUUUGUAUGUCUUAAUUGAGACAAUCUAAUAAAAUAUAUUCAAAUUAGCCAUUUGAGGGUUAAUUUUAUUUCAGGACUUUUUUUUUAAGUCAUCCUUACUAUUCAAUAGAGUCUCACUUAUGCUUCAUUUGCUUAUUUAUUAGCUACAAUAUAACCAAUUUAUUCAAUCCUAAGCUUAAACUAUCAUUUUAUCAACAUAUUCCAACCUUAAACCAAACCUAAGCCAAUCAUUCCCAACAAUUCAUCAACAAUCUUUAUCAAUCACCCCCUGCAUCUGCUUUAUAGACUUCAAACAGUCAAAAAUCUUACAAUAACUAGCUUUAAUGCACUCAUUACCAUCAAAAACAAUCCAUUUAAUGCUCUUAAAAUCACUAAAGUCGAUGUCAAUUUUCUUUAAUGAAUUAAAACUAAAAUUGACGACUUUUAAGUUUGGAUUGUUUGAGAACAAUUUUGGAGGUAAAUAUGUGAUUAAAUUAUUUCUGGCAUCAAAAAUCUUCAAUUUUGUAAGACUUCUAAACAGAAUUUCACUUAAAUCUGUGAUUUUGUUGCUGUAAAUCCACAAUGUUUCUAGAUUCACUAAAUCAACAAAAGUAUCGUCGGCAAAUUCCUCAAUUUCAUUCUCAUUAAAGCAAAAAAUUGUCAAAUUUGUCCAAGGUUGCAACUUCGUUCUCUCAACAAACUUCAGCUUUGAAUUACUGAUCCAAAGGUUCUUUGAAUUUGGGAAUUUUGUAGCCAUUUCUGUCAUGUCUGGAUA